AUGGGAGGUAGCUACAGCAAAAGACAGUGGGUUCUCCUGGCAGCAGGUUCUAAAGGUUGGGAAAACUACAGACAUCAGGCCAAUGUGUGCCACGCUUAUCAAGUCAUACAACAGAGUGGUGUUCCAGAUGAACAGAUUGUGGUGAUGACGUAUGAUGAUAUCGCUAAUAAUAAAGAAAAUCCUGUAUGUGGAAACAUAAUCAGCAUACCAAACGGCCCGAAUGUUUACCCUGGGGUUCCAAAGGACUACACUGGAGAGGAGGUAUCAGCUGAAAACUUUCUGGCUGUACUGCGUGGAGAUUCAGCUGCUGUUAAGAAAACAGGACCAAAAAAAGUAAUACGAAGUGAUAAAAACGAUUCUAUCUUCAUCUACUUAUCGGACCAUGGAGCUCAUGGAAUCUUUGGAUUUCCUCAUUCCACACUUUAUGCACAUGACCUCAUUAACACGGUGAAUACGAUGUCAGGGAGUGGCCAGUUUUCAAAGAUGGUCAUUUAUAUGGAAUCGUGCCAUGCUGGAUCAAUGCUGGACAAGCUGUCGGACAGAAAUGUGUAUUCAGUCGGCUCAUGCAGCCCUGAUGAAUAUGCUUAUGCUUGGUUCUGGGACAAGGAAAGAAACACCUAUCUGGCUGACGUCUUCACUACUUACUGGCUGCACCACACUGAGACAGAAAACCUUAGCUUGACUUCAUUUGAAGAUCAGUUUUGCUACCUGAAGAAAAAUGUCAGCGAGGCUGUGAGGAAGGAUGUGGGAAAGACUCAGAUGCCGUGUAACUACGGCUACAAGGGCAUGCUGAAGUUAAUGUUGAGUGAAUUUCUUGGAGAAUCGGUUAGAGAGGCCUACACAUCCCAGCCCCUGAACGUUCAAGUGUCUGAUGUCGUAGAUGCUACAGAAGUUCCACUUAUAAUCCAAGAAAACAGGAUUAAAAAGGAACAGGACCCAGAAAAAAGACAGGCCCUGGAAAGACAGUUUGAUGACCUUAAAAGAAAGAGGAAGAUAAUGGAUGAAGCGCUGCAGAAGAUUGCUGAGCGCACAAACGCUUCACAAGCUCUGACUGAAAAAUGGGAGGUGACUCGCACGUACGAACUCAAAACCGUGGCUGAGCAUUUUAGGAAAAAUCUCUUCAACUGGGAAAAGGAGCCGUUUGUUGUCACUCAUUCACACCUGCAGGUUUUAGUGAAUCUGUGUGAGUGUGGGUUGGAGGUUGAGAGAAUCACUGAAGCCAUCACUCAUGUGAGCCGGGAGAUGACUUUCUGAAGAACUCACCAAACACUUCCCAAUCAUUUUCUUUUAUUAUUUUUCUUUUUUUUCA